AUGGCCGUUCCGGAAGCACCUACCCAACCACAUCCAGAUGAUUUCCCUCAUGCAGGUUCAGAUUCGGAGCAGAACAACCACAAGACAGUCCAGGGAGCCGAUGGGGGAUACGCUUCGGUCAUUGUUGGGGCCAUCCUAGCCUCGUAUUCAGUAUCAUGGGGAAUUAAUACAACCUUUGGGGUCUACGUAUCGUUCCUAAUUGAGCAUGACUACAUCCCGGGAGGGACCCCGCUACGCUAUGGCUUCGUCGGCGGACUUUCGAUAGCUGGUGCCCUGCUCUCGGCGCCUCUCAUGCAUUUUCUGAUCAACAAAUUCGGCUUCCGCGUGCCCUUUGUCCUUGGUAUGUCUGCUAUCGGCCAAUACGCCAGACCGCUGAACGGAGCCGAGUACUCAUGUUCCACACUAGGAAUUAUCCUUCUCCCUUCGCAAAUCAUUCUCGUCCAGUGGUUUGACCGGCGGCUCGGCCUGGCACAGGGCCUUGCCAAUGCUGGCUCCGGCUUGGGCGGGCUGGUCCUGUCCAACACGACGAGGCUCCUCAUCGAAACACUGUCCUUGAAAAAGGCCCUCAUUGUGAAUGGCGCCAUUUCAGCCGCCGUUCUCAUCCCUUGUCUCUGUCUCCUCCGGCGCGGACCGAUGGACACCAGCCGCCGAUUGGAGCUUCCACAGCUCCGUUGGCUGCACCACCCAGGCUACAUCUGGGUCUGGACAUGGGGAUUCUCAGCACUCAUGAGUUACUGCAUCGCCAUGUAUACCAUCGCGUCCUACGCCAGUGGCGGCCUCGGUCUCUCACAGACCCAGGCUGCUGCUCUGCAGUCGUUGUUAGCCGCCGGGCUUCUCGUCGGGAGACCUUUGACAGGCCUCCUCCUUGACGUUGGCGGCCGCAUCAAUGUGGCUAUUCUUCUCAACAUAGCAGCUGGUGUGUCCUGUUGGGCCCUGUGGCUGCCCGCACGCUCCUUUGCGCUCAUGGCGGUCUUUGCUCUCGUCCAAGGCUGCACGGGCGGUGCCGUCUGGGUGGCUGCCGCACCUGUCACGGUCGAAAUCGUGGGCACAGCCAGGUCGGGUUCGGCAUUGGCCAUGUUCUGGCUGGUCGUGGCUCCGUCCGCGGCCUUUUCGAGCCCGUCUGCCAUUGGACUGCUGACCUAUGCGCGAACGCAUCUGCACAAGGACGGAGCGGAAGCGUACGCCAUCUCCAUUGGAUUCUGUGGUGCGCUCUUCGUGCUGUCCAGCAUGUUCCUCUGUGGAGCUAAGCUUUAUCAGAGAAGAGAGUCGAACGUUGUGGGCGAGAAAGCUGAAGUGAUUUGA